CUUAAACCCCCACUACGCCUCGACGCCCAAAUUCUCUCCAAAAACCCUAAUUUAUACUCCUCCUUCUCCCUCUUCCCUCGCCUCCCUGUGUUCCUCUUUCUCUCUCUGUAAACGGUGCUUCAAUGGCGACACCAUCGUUGGACGAAGCCACCGCCAAGGAAGUCCUCCGACAGGUGGAGUUUUACUUCAGUGAUAGCAAUCUCCCGCGGGACAAGUUCUUAUCGAGCACCGUUGCAUCUAGCGAAGAUGGCUUGGUAAGCCUGGCUCUGAUAUGCUCAUUCAAGAAAAUGAGGGGUUACCUGAAACUGCAAGAGGCCAAGCAGGAUGAAAUCCCAGAGGAUACUCUGAAGGCAGUUGCUGAUACUCUUGCAAAAUCUGCUUCUCUUAAACUCUCUGAAGAUGGUAAGAGAGUUGGUAGGAUUGGUCCUCUAAUGAAACCAGAAGAGUUAGUGGAGCAAUUGGAUGGAAGAACGAUUGCAGCAUCGCCAUUGCCCUAUGAUGUGAGUCGCGAUGCAUUGGUGGCGUUCUUCGGUCAAUAUGGCCAGGUCACUAGUCUGAGGUUGCCUAACCACAUAGCUAACAAAAGAGUAUUGUGUGGCACUGCUUUGGUUGAGUUUCCAACCGAUGAAGAGGCCAAGAAAGUCUUAGGUCAAAUCUUGGAAUUUGAAGGUGUGCAGCUAGAACUGAAACCAAAGAAGGAAUUCGAUGAAGAAAGGCAGAGUAAAUUAGCAGAAUUUAGAGCUGCCAAUCCCCAAUGGAAUAAUGACAAUAACAAAAACUCGAGCCCACAGGCAGAGUACACGAAGGGGUUGAUUGUUGCUUUUAAAUUGAAAAGCAUAUCAACGGGAGAUGAGGCAAAACAGGAUGGCAACCAGGAAUCUGUUAAAGAUGGCGAGACUGGGCCUAAAGCAGCUGAAGAAAUGCCUACAAGUUCCGUGGAGAAAACUACCGAAGGACAGGGGAAGGCUUCAGAAGAUGAUGCCGAUAAUAACAAGGAAGAAGUGGCUGCUAUGGAUACUGAGAAGGUUGAAAAGGCGGAUAAUGAAAAUGUCACUGAAAACAAGGAAACAAAGACUGAUGAGGGGGAGGAGUCGAACAAAGAUUCUGUUGAGAAGAAUGUGAAUCAGGGUAACAAAUUUGACCUUUCUGCCUGCAAGAAUGACAAGAACAUCAUGUUGCGAGAGGAUCUCAAGGUUGUCUUCUCUAAAUUUGGCGCUGUGAAGUAUAUUGAUUUUAAAAUGGGAGAGGAUUCAGGAUAUGCGAGAUUCGAGAAACCUGAAGCUGGUCAAAAGGCUCGUGCUGCUGCAAUCUUGGCAGAGGAGGGAGGACUGACUGUUAAAAACUUCAUCGUCUCUUUAGAACCAAUAUAUGGCGAUAAGGAAGCGGAGUAUUGGGCCCAGGUCCGAACCAAUCAAGACAACCGCAAAGCUAGCUUCAGCAAUCGAGGAGGAAGGGGAGGCAGGUUCCACCGUGGCGGUAAGCAUCCUCGUUCUAGGGAUAAUGAUUCGGGAAGAGGUGGUCGUAACAAGUUCCAGAAGGUUGGAGCCUGAGUUUGAAUCUCGGCAAAACCAGCUUUGCUAGGAGAAGACUCCCAAAAGGAGUGUGGGGUUAUUGAUUUCCCAUGCACAGACCUUGUGAUGAGCUUCUAAUGCCUCUUUAUGAUCUCUCUCUCUCGCCUAUAUUAUUGUCUGAUGGGGAUUGAGACUGGAGAGGAUGGUGAGGGAAUGAACUGUUUGUUUAGUAAAUGUUUGUUUAGUAAAAUUUGGUGAAGUUGUUAUAUUCCGUAGAAAGAAAUUUUGCUUUGAGCCUUUGGCCACCAUUUCCCUUCUUUGUUAUGGUAGUGCUAUUAUUGACUACUAUUGCCUGUGUAUUUGUGGGUGAUAUUAAAUUUGAUAUAACCAUAGGGUUGCUAUUAAAUGUUCCUAGUCGAGUACUAUUUGGGAACUAGGUUUAUAAAUUAUAAUAGGCAUGACUCAUGAGAAUUGAAAACUAGUAUGGGAGGGAAUUUGCAUGAAGAUAUGAAUUUCACACAUAGGUAUGGAUCGGAAUUAGCUCAGAUGAUGGGUUGGUUAACAAGUUCAUAUGUAUCACAUGGAUAGACUUAAUUGUGCUUCGAGAGUUAGCAAUGACUAUUCUAUUCUCUUUUGCGUUUUGUAUGAAUGCAGUUCAACAAUCAAUUCUGAUCCAACACUUCUUUUCAUGGAACGAGGUAGCGAGGGUGGCAUAGAGAUGGAUCUGGUUAGUGUGUUCGUUAAUCAUCUCAAUAGCCAACUGGGAAUGGAUUCCACAAUGAGAAACUUACACCGAUGAUCCAAGCCAAAGUUGAGAUCGAUAAUGAGAAGCGUAUAUCCAAAUGUUUAUAACUAUUUGAUGAAAUGAAACAUAUCAUCCUUACACAAUCAAAUACAUAUUAAAUGUCAAAUCGUUUUCAGUAUUCGUAUGUGCAACCUCCUCCUCUUCUCCCUUCCUCAGAUUAAGCUAUCUACAGAGCUCGUUUCCAAAUAUUUCUUUAUCGUGUAUUUGAGAUAACAUAAUUGUUUCAAUCAGUUGAACUUAUACAUGCAAUUUCAAAAUAGACUAGCACAUCAAAAGCGUUGGACGAAAAAAAUCAUAUAACACAUACUUAUCACUCUCCUAAAUAUCCUAAACCCAGAGAAAAUGAUAACACGAUUACCAUACUGUAUCAACCGAUCACAUUGGUUCGACCGCAUUUUGAAGGCCAUCAUAUCGUAUUGUUCAAUCAUAUCAAUGUCCAAUGAACUGUGAUCCUUUAAAUGUUCUUUCGUCUGGAGGAUCAUCAACUCAAGUUAUGGUUUGUUAACAUUCACCAACCUACAAGUACAUAAUCUUCAUCACACUUAUUUCCCUUUUGAUUCCUUGUUUAAACUCAGCCUACAUGGAAAAAAUAAGAAAUAUGACCUAUUGACAUUGGUCUCAUUAAAUGAAAAUAUAUUAAGUAGUUACAGAUUAAAAUCGAUGGAAAUUAAUAAUACAACUAGCAUGGGUCUCGGCCAGUUGGCCGGAGGAAGAUGAGGUAUGAAAUUUGAUAAUAUAAUAGGGUGUAUAGCUUAUUGUUGUAUAGUUUUUUUUUUUUUUAAAAACUCGUGAUAAAAAUAGUGAAUUUUAGUAGGAAAGAGACAUGAAUGAUGCAAUGAAUCAAAAAUCGUCCUUAUGAACCAAAGUCAAGUACAUGUUACCUUGUGAAACAAUAUUGUUUCUGGUAAUAUGAUGAGGUGGAGUAAUUUUUAUAGAAACCGAAUUCUAGAAAAUCGAAUAAAAAAUCGCCUAUCCCGUCGAUUUUCGGGAAAUGGGCAUCUCACAAUCGUUGCUAGCUUUUACUCGGCCCGUUGGUUGAUUAAUUUGCUUUAUACAACUUUCAUCUUGCGUCAUUGUGCUUUCUGGUUUUUGUUAGGCCAUGAUAAAAUCUAAGGAAAUCA